AUGACAGGUAUAAAGAGUAACCGAGAGCUGUACCAGGAGUACACAGCCAUGGCCCCCAAGCUGCUGGCCAAGAUCUCCAGGAUGCUUAUCCUGUGCAGAAGUACAGGCGUUCCCAUCCCGAAGGGCAUCAGAAACAUCUUUGAGUUCACCUGGGAGGAGCUUAUCAAUGACUCUACAUUGCCUGUGGCAUCCACCGUCCUGGGUCUGGACAUUAGCAUUGAGCCUCCACCACUGCUCAUCACAGAAGUGCAGACCCCCGUGCAGACCCCCACCCGGAAGAAAACCCUGCAUGCUGCAUCAUUGCCCAGGAUGCUGUUGCCAGCUUCAGCACCCGCCAAAUUGACUACCAGCCACCACCAUUCGGGACCACCGAGCCCAGAUACUCUGCACCAGUUCCAGCGGCACUCUGUCCACCUGUUGGCCGAGCUGCUCAGCCUGAAGAUGAAGGCCAUGCUGGAGUCCAUGUCUGGUUCCAAUCCCAUGGACAUCACAAAGCGCUUUAUGGAGGCCAGUCAACUUCUCCACGUCAAUGCCAAGGAGAUGGCUUUCCAACACCUCGUCAGUAUAGUCAGGAGAAGUGGCUAUGAUAGCAAACAGUUGAGGAAAGAGUCCUAUACAAGCUUCUCUGCCAUGGGAGUGAACUCACCCUACCAGCUGAUCUAUGAGCCUGCCUCUGGCUGUCUGAGCUUUUCCCUCUCAAUUGGAAAAGAAAUCAAGAAGAAAUCAGGUAAAGCAAAAUAUGUAGAAGAUGUGACCACGUCAUCUCCUCACCGGGGACUCCUCUCUCCUGACUUCAUCGAAGCCAAUGAUCCCUGCCCCGAGGCCCGGGAGAAACUGCAGGCCAUGUGUCGUCUCAUAGAAAGUGAAAGGGCCUCAUGGAAAGCGAGGAAUAUCUCCUACCCCAUGGUCUUACGUAACUACAGAACAAAGCUGUCCUCUCAUUCAACGGCUGUCCCCAAGACGGGGGACACUCAGUCCCAAAGUACCCAUUACCGUUAUUCUACGAUGAGCACAGCCUCCACCCCUCCUGCCCAUGCCCCUGCCCAUGCCCACAUCCAUCAUGCUUUACUUAGUCAUCAUGCCCAGGACGUAAAGCCACCCAAGAAGACCUAUAAAUUCUUUUAUACCCUCUAUGAUGGUUCCUCCUUCGUUUACUAUCCCUCUGGAAACCUUGCCGUAUGUCAGAUUCCUACCUGCUGCAAAGGAAGAGCCAUCACCUUCCUCUUCAAUGACUCCCCCAACUUGUUCCUGGCCCUUUUCACUACAGAAGGCCAGGGCUGUGUCCACUACAACCUGAAGACCCGCUCCCCAUUCGUCUUGAUUUUGGAUGAGGAAGGAGGAACCACCAAUGACAGCAAGGGCUAUGUAGUGCACAAAUGGAGCUGGACUGCCAAGACAGAAACUUUACUCUCCCUGGAAUACAAGGUGAAUGAACAUAUGAAGCUGACGGUGCUGGGGCAGGACUCCAUUACUGUCACUUUCACCUGCUGGCAUGAAACUGUGACACUCACGAUCUCAGCCAACAACUGUCCCCACGGGGUACCACAUGACAAACGGAGCGGCUGCGUCCUGUGGGUUGAAUCCCGGGUGGAGGUGGUGGCGGUCGUGGGGCCUGGAGCGCCUCUCGGUAUCCCUGGAGCCGUUCAAAGAAGAGUGCCGCCGUCUUUGCCAGAGACUAUUGUCUGA